ACCGGCAAUUAGUAACGCAACGAAUGGCUUCCAACUACUUCACUUUAUUAUUGCAACUCAGUUACUUACCGUCGAUUCUCGACUCUCACCUUGCCAAUGCCAUUCUUAUAUAUAAUAUAUAUAUAUAUUAAGACGUUACAAAGUCUUCCAAUAGUCUAAACUUGUCAUUGAUACAUUCAUUCAAAGAAGCAAGUCAAAACUCAUUACCGAAGAUGGGGAAGAAGCGGGUUAUGGUACCGGCCGAGAAACUGGACUUGUCAACCGUGAAAUACGAGCAUGAAGAAAUCCAAGCUCCUCAUUUGACGGGGUUGAUGCUCAAGUUUUUUGUGAGGGUAAUUGAAGCUCCAGUUAUAGGUUCUUUCAUCAUUUCUUUCUUGAAAAAGCAGAACAAGAUGGUUGAGCUGUUGCAGAACACUCUGAUACCGGAAGCACCCAUGUUUAAGCCUGAAUUUCCUCCUCAAGAAAUAGAACCUUCAGUUGUCAUUGUGGAUGAAGAAGGAAAACCUGAAGAUCGGGUUGCAACGGCCUUAAAGUGUCUUCCACAUUAUGAUCCUGCUAGUUGCUGGAGUCGGGAUUCUCUUCCAUCUUUCCGGUACUGGAAGAUUCGUGAUUAUGCCUAUGCUUAUAGAUCUAAAGUUGUGACACCUUCUAUGGUUGCAGAACAACUCAUCUCAGUUAUCGAGGGGUGUAACUAUCAUAAGCCCCCAACACCAUUAUUGGUUUCUUUUGAUGCUGAGGAAGUAAGGAAGCAAGCUCUAGCUUCAACACAAAGGUUUGAGGAAGGAAAUCCAUUGUCAAUCUUGGAUGGAAUUUUCAUGGCAAUCAAGGAUGAUAUAGACUGCUAUCCUCAUCCAUCUAAGGGUGCAACAACAUGGAUGCAUGAGGUUCGUUCUGUUAAGAAGGAUGCGGUUUGUGUCUCCAGAUUGCGGAGCUGUGGUGUGAUUCUUAUUGGGAAGGCAAACAUGCAUGAGUUGGGCAUGGGCACAACUGGAAACAAUCCAAAUUAUGGAACAACCAGAAACCCUCAUGCACCUGAAAGAUAUACAGGUGGAUCCUCUUCUGGUCCAGCAGCACUAGUAGCUUCUGGACUAUGCUCUGCUGCCCUGGGAACAGAUGGUGGAGGUUGUAAAAGUUAUUAUGGUAGUUUGACUCAUUUUUAUGUUGGUUAUGACAAACAAGGACUUCCGAUAGGCUUGCAACUAAUAGGGCGUCCAUGGGGUGAAGCUUCAAUUUUGCGUUUGGCUUCUGCACUAGAGGAACUUUGUGGUAAAUCCAGGAAGAAGCCCGCUUCCUUCUAUGACGUUUUAAAGACGGUAUAAAUGCCUUUUACAGCUCAAGAUGCAUGGGCUAUGUUUCAUUGCAGAUCCCUGUGUCAGCUCUUUCGUCUAUCUCGUACGAUAUGUCUUGAAACAACGUUACUUAUUGCAUGUUUGCACAAGCUGUCUGUUGCCAUAUUCACAAACUGUUGCUAGUUAUCCAAGCCUAAAGGUGACGGUCAUCUUGAAUCUCACCGAGCAGUAAGCACCCUAUAAACAUCUAAAAUCUUAAGCAGUCGUCACGGCCAAAAAGCUCUGGAAACUCUUUUAUGUUCAAACUUUUGAAUGUUUAUUUUUUAAAGAAAUAAAUAAUUUCAGUUAUCAGGAUACAA